UGUGGGUGGAACAGGACCCCCAAGCCGCCUCAGCCCGCCGCGGAGAUGGAUGACGAACCCGAGCGGACCAAGCGCUGGGAAGGAGGCUACGAAAGAACAUGGGAAAUUCUUAAAGAAGACGAAUCCGGGUCGUUGAAAGCAACCAUCGAUGAUAUCCUCUUCAAGGCAAAGAGGAAAAGACUCUAUGAACACCAUGGACAAGUUCGACUUGGAAUGAUGCGUCACCUUUAUGUGGUUGUUGAUGGAUCAAGAACGAUGGAGGACCAAGACUUAAAACCGAACAGACUUACUUGCACUUUGAAGUUACUGGAAUAUUUUGUUGAAGAGUACUUUGACCAAAAUCCCAUUAGUCAGAUUGGCUUAAUUGUAACCAAGAGUAAAAGAGCUGAAAAAAUGACAGAACUCUCAGGAAACUCAAAGAAGCACGUGACUGCUCUGAAGAAAGCAGUGGAUAUGAACUGCAGUGGAGAGCCUUCUCUAUAUAAUUCCCUAAAUUUGGCCAUGCAGACUUUAAAGCACAUGCCAGGACAUACAAGCAGAGAGAUUUUGGUAGUCUUCAGCAGCCUGACGACAUGUGAUCCAGCCAACAUCUAUGAUCUAAUUAAGUGUUUAAAAGCAGUUAAGAUCAGAGUAUCUGUCAUCGGCCUAAGUGCUGAAGUUCGAGUCUGUACAGUACUUGCCCGAGAAACUGGUGGAACAUACCACGUGAUUUUAGAUGAAAGUCAUUUUAAGGAACUGCUGAUGCAUCACGUUAGUCCUCCACCUGCCAGUUCGAGUUCUGAGUGUUCCCUUAUUCGAAUGGGUUUUCCUCAGCAUACUAUUGCUUCCCUGUCUGAUCAGGAUGCAAAGCCUUCCUUUAGCAUGGUGCAAUUGGAAAACAACAGUGAGCCCAGUCUCACACUGGGUGGAUAUUUUUGUCCCCAGUGCAGAGCCAAAUACUGUGAGCUUCCUGUGGAAUGCAAAAUCUGUGGUCUUACACUAGUGUCUGCACCUCACCUGGCUCGGUCAUACCAUCAUUUGUUUCCUUUGGAUGCUUUUCAGGAAGUUCCACUGGAAGAAUACAAGGGGGAACGGUAUUGUCAAGGCUGUCAGGGAGAAAUGAAAGAUCAAAAUGUUUACAUAUGUAAAGUGUGUCAGAAUGCAUUUUGUGUGGAAUGCGACCUGUUUGUCCAUGAUUCUCUGCACUGCUGUCCUGGCUGUAUUCACGAGCAUCCUGCUCCCAUAUCUAUAUGACACCAUAUCUUUGAGAAAUUGUUUUAUUUAUGUCACUCUUGCAUGAAUUUUUUUUUGUUCAGACAUUUUUAUUUUUUUUUCAUUCAGACAGUUUUGUUUAUUCAGACAUUAUUUUAACUGACACAUCUCAGAGCAACAAGAUGGUUAAAGAGGGAUGAUGUGCUGGUUUAAAGGUAAACCAGCAGGGGAAAUGAACUCAACUCAAAAGAGAGAUUAUAAGUCAGAAUAACAAUUUAAUAAAAUAAUACAAUAAAUA